GCCGGUGCCCGGUCGCCGCCCCCGCGCCGCCCCCCGCGCCGCCCCCGGUGCCGGGACCGCCGCGCAGGACCGGGGGCUCGGCGGCAGCGGCGGCGGGGCCGGCGCGCCUGAAGGGACCGGAGGAGCUACCGGGGCCGGGGCUGCUCCGUACUUUCGUCUGGCUGUUCCUGCGGGGCUACCUGCUGCACACGCACCGGCUGCAGGUGAUAUCCCGACGCCUUUAUGGACCUAUCUGGAAGUCAACCUUCGGACAUUAUAGGAACAUCAACAUCGGGAGCCCAGUGGUGCUGGAGCAGCUGCUGCGGCAGGAGGGCAAGUACCCGAUGCGGAGCGACAUGGCGCUGUGGAAGGAGCACCGGGACACCCGGCGCCUGCCCUACGGACCCUUCACCGAGGAGGGGGAGCGCUGGUACCGCCUGCGCCAGGUCCUCAACAAGCGGCUGCUGAAGCCCUCGGAGGCGCUGCUGUACGCGGACGCCAUCGGGGAGGUGGUGUCAGACCUGAUGGUGCGCCUGCGGGAGGAGCGGAGCCGCAGCCCCUCGGGGGUGCUGGUGGGGGACGUGGCCAACCUGCUCUACCGCUUUGCCCUGGAAGGCAUCUCUUAUAUCCUCUUCGAGACCCGCAUCGGGUGCCUCAAGCAGCAGGUCCCUGCUGAGACCCAGCGCUUCAUUGACUCCAUCAACCUCAUGUUCAAGAACUCCAUUUUUGCCACCGUCCUGCCCCGAUGGAGCCGCAAGGUGCUGCCCUUCUGGGACCGUUACCUGGACAGCUGGGACACCAUCUUCGCCUUUGGCAAGACACUGAUUGACCGAAAGAUGGAGGAGCUGGAGGGGCAGGUGGAGCGUGGCAAGGAGGUGUCCGGCUACCUGAGCUACCUGCUGGCCAGUGGCACACUCAGCCUGGAUGAGGUCUAUGGCAGCGUGGCCGAGUUGCUGCUGGCCGGUGUGGACACGACCUCCAACACGCUGUCCUGGGCUUUGUACCACCUCUCCCGGGACCCAGGCAUCCAGGAGACCCUGUACCAGGAGCUGAAAGCUGUUGUGCCUGCUGACCGGUUUCCUGCUGCUGAGGAUAUCCCCAAGUUGCCGAUGCUUCGGGCCAUUAUCAAGGAGACCCUGAGAGUCUACCCUGUGGUGCCCACCAACGCCAGAGUCUUCUACGAGAAGGACAUUGUCAUCGGAGACUACCUCUUCCCCAAGAAUACCCUCUUUGUCCUGGCGCACUACGCGAUGUCCCAUGACGAGACCUACUUCCCCGAGCCCGAGCGGUUCCUGCCCCAGCGCUGGCUCCGGGGACACGGCUCCCCUCACCACCCCUUCAGCUCCAUCCCCUUCGGCUACGGGGUUCGCGCGUGUGUCGGGCGCCGCAUCGCUGAGCUGGAGAUGCACCUGGCCCUUGCCAGGAUGAUCCAGGCAUUUGAGGUGCGGCCGGACCCCCGUGGCGUAGAAGUGACAUCUGUGUCCCGCAUCGUCCUGGUGGCUGACAAGCCCAUCAACCUGGAAUUCAUCGCCCGCCCGGGAGCCCCCUGACUGCACGUCCACCCCCACCCUGGGUGCCAGAAGGAGAUCCCCCUUACUGCCCCACAAGGAGGACAGGAAGGCAAACCCCUUCCCUGGCCUGCUUGGGUCAGGGGGCUCACAGCCCCACAGUGGGAAAGGUGGGGGGGGAUGAGAGACUGCUCCCAAAUCACCCUUGGGCCACUAGUAGCCCCCUGCCCAAAACAGCAGGAGGCUUGGGGAACUGCUGUGCCUUUGACACACUGCAGGCGGGUUGUGUUCCCUCCAUCCCGUGCCCAGCAGGGCUGCAUCAGGAGCCUGGGAGCUCUUUUGGGGCUGGGGGAAAGCAGGGAGGGGGCUUGCAGCCAUUCGGUGUCUCCAUCGUCCUGUCCUUGUGUAGCUGCGCGUGGAUCUGUGCCUGGAGCCAGGACAUCUGGGUCCUCUCUGAACAGCUGACCUUGGCCUCAGAAACUUC